AUGAGAGUCGCCUCCAACAUCUGUUGUGGAAGUCUGUAGUUUACCCAUUACGGACCGUUUUAAAUAUAGUGUAAUAACAAAUUACCUGUAUAUACCUAACAUAAUCUAUUGAAUCGGUAUGUACAGCGGACUCCUGCCCAAUGGUUUAACCGAAGACGACCUCAGUCCAGAUAAUGAUGAGGAAAAGCAGGAAGAUUUGGUUGAAGAGGAGAAGCAAGGUGAAAACACAGGCUCAUCGGAGGUGUCACAGUCGGCUCAAGCUGCAGACAGUGACUCUCCGACAUGCAGUAUGCCUGGCGUAUCCCAGGAAAUGUGGCAAAAAUUCCAGGAUCUGCGGAGGAAGAAAGAUGAUAUUCAGACAUUAAAGGUCGAAGAAAGAAGAAAAAGAAAAAGAAGAAAACGAAAGAAAGGAACAGAAAGUGGGGAACCUCCACAAACAAGCAGAGAGCGCCAAGAGGAGCCGGAGAAGCACUGGGAUGAGCUUAAGCAGUAUUUUGGUGUAAAUGAUCGAUUUCAUCCCCCUGCAUGUUCCAAACCCCCUCCGAAGUCCGGCCUAGAAAAGAGCAUAGAGAGGGCCAUAGCUGAAGGGGACAUUGCAAAGGCGGAGGAGAUGAGCGACAGACUCGCCACUCGAGAGAUGGCCGUGAAAAUCGCUCAAGCUGCUGACUGCCGUGACUUUGUGCAACGCAAACAGGAAGAGGAAGCUUUGAGGGCAGCGCAGAAAAGGAAGAAGCAAAUAGCCUGGGGUUUUGAGGCGAAGAAGCGAUGGGAGACCAAAAGCAACAUGGGCUACAUGUGACAAACAUGGAGGAAAAAUGGAAAAAGAUUUUUAUUUUGUUGUUUUUGUUAAUUUGAUAAAAGUGUUUUUUGUUUGUUUGUUUGUUUGUCUUUUUGUACAUUUUGAAGAUGUUGCACCAGCAGCACGUGAGGGCAGGAAAGUCAGCAGUUGGCUGAGAGGAAAAAAAAAAAAACCCAAUCCAGAGAGUAAAAGGCUGAAAAAAAAUGAUGCAGCAUUCAAAUUAAUUCCUAAGGCAGCCACUGGUGUCUGCAUUGUGUUAUUUUUCAUUACAUUUCAGUGAUUUGAGCGUCCCCCCCCUCCUCAAAUUAAAUCUGGUGUACAUUACUGGAUGAUGCGUUUAUUUAUUGCUGUAAAGUGGGUUAAUCAUGAAGGCACUCUUUUCUUCUUCUGGGGAAGAGAAAGGAAAGAUUAGAGCUCUAAUGCAAUGUACAGGAUAAUGUGCGAUAGGAUUUGGGAGUAGAAAAUGAAAUUUGGCUGCUGUAAACUGUUGUGAGCAGUCGUAAACUGGAAGUUUGAAACGGGGGCUUUGCUGCUGGCCCUCACCCAUGCCGGGAGACUCGCUAUUGUUUCAGAGCCCGAACAAGAGGCGCACGCUGUUUUCUCGAAGCCUACACUCGCUGCUCAUUGUGCGAUGAGCUCUCUUCAGCAUCUGUAAACUCGUCUCAAAACCGUCCAUUCCUCUCGCUGUUACUUUGAUCUUUUUUUUUUUUUGAUCUGCAGUGCCUCCACAGCUACUCAACACU